CAACUAGUCUAUGCAGCUACGUACUCAAUUCGGUUCCGGUGACAUUUCUGCUGUGGAUUUUGGCAUUAAUUCGAAGUUACAAAAUGUCGAAUAAAGGCAAGAUUACCAAGGAAUCUCUCAAGGACAAAAUUGAGGGGAAUGAACUGGACCUGAGUCUCUCUGGUCUCACAAAAAUUCCUGUGAAAGAAAUUGCUUCUAUUACCAAGAUAAAAUGUGCGGAUUUGUCUUGCAACCAACUUGUCAGCUUACCAGAUAAUUUCAGUGUUCAUCUAUCACACCUGACCAGACUGGACCUCAGCAAGAACCUCCUGGAAUCCCUCCCCCAAAACUUUGGCCUCAUGGUGGCCCUUCAGCGCCUUGACCUCUUGGGUAACCAGCUCACCGAGCUACCGGUCAGCUUUGGUGACCUUAAGUCACUGCGUUGGCUGGACGUCAAAGAGAACAAGCUUGAACCAACCUUGAAUAAGAUUGUAGGAGACUGCUUGGACGAUAAGCAGUGUAAAGCAUGUGCUCAGCAGGUGGUGUCUCAUAUGCAAUCCAUCCAAUCCCGCAUGGAGGAGCAAAGACUGAAACAUGAAGCCAAAGAGAGGAUGAGAGAGACGCAACGAGAAGCUUCUAAGAGAAAGAAAGAGGAAGAGCAGAGAGAGAUAAAAAAGAAAGAGAAACUAGAGGAGAAGGAGAGAAGAAGAAGGGCAUAUGAAGCAGCACAGGAAGCAGAGAGACAGGCAAAGGAGGAGGAGCAGGAAGACGAGAGAAUCAACUCAGAAGAACAUUCCAAAGCAAAUGGAGAUGCAGGAAGCUAUGAGCAGAAGCAAAAAACAAGUGGAUCAUCUUGCCUCCUGAUAUUCUUCUCUCUCUUGGUCGUGGUGAUAGCUGUGGUGGUAGGAUCAUACUUCUACUGUGAGAGUAACCCAUCAUUACCAGCCUGCGUGACCGCACAUCAAAUAUUGGAUCAAGCUAGCACGAAGAUCCAGCACUGGAAGAGAGAGAUUGAACAGAUAUUGCAGUCAUGGCAGUCAUGAGAGAAGAAGUGAUUUAAACUGUACAAAUGUAGAAUGGACUAUGGUUGAAGGAUCAUGUUUUCAAAUUAAUCAACUAACAGAGACACUUAAACCGCAUCCAGUUCUAAAACGGUUUGAUUCCUUUGUCCCACUCUCUCUCUCUCUCUCUCUCUCUCUCUCUUUCUCCCUCCCACUCUCUCUCUCUCUCUCCCUCCCUCCUUCCCCCCUC